AUGUCUGAUGAUGCUCUAAUUCGUGCAUUUGAUGGAAAAAUGGGCUCAUCGCAUAAUCGUCAGAAAGCAAUUAAUUGGAUGAGACUGCCAAGAGAUGAAAAACUGAAGAAAAUCAAAAAAUAUCUGAUACUAAAAGAAAAAAACAAACCGAAAAACUGGUGUCAUUUGCCACCGGAGAUCAAACUAGAAGUUAUCAAAGUGCUGGAUUUUCCGGCCAGACUGAAACUUCGAAUGACUGCGAGAAAUGAGAGAGAUCUCGUCGAUUCGCUGAAAAUCAAUUUCAAGUCGGUGACAUUGAUGAAUGACGGAAGUCAAAAAUGGGGUGAAAUUGAGAUGACUCCUGCUCCAGAACUUGGUGGUUUUCUCAAAAAAUUCGUCUCGUUCCGCAUCUUCAACAAAAAGUUGUACUCAUCUGCCGUCCAUUUCCUUGCAUAUGGUCUGAAAAUCGGAAAAAUCGAUAGUCUCGAGAUUCUGGAGGGCUAUUCGGCGAAAAGAUUAAACAAAUUCCUGAAAAUUCUCGAGCAAAGCGCACCAUUCAACGUCAAGAAUCUGAAGAUUAAGAAACUGAAAAAAGACACUGUGAUGCUUUUUAUGAAAAACUUGGCACCUGGUCUGGAGACGAUUCAUUUGCACGCAGAGGGUUGUGAGAGUUUUGCAUUCGAUGAGUUUUUGACUUUCCCAGUGUUCUACAACUGCGAAACCAUCAAAAUCGAAUCUCUUGCCACUGGUGAUGCCACUUCGAAACUUGCAAAGAAAUGGAUCGAAAAUGAUGCGGAAAUCGGCACCAAACUCCAAUGUGGCUUAAGAGCCAAUUCAGAUGAUUUUCUGCUGAAUUUUGUUGAGGAAUUUUCCGAUCGAAUUGUGUACCAGAACGGGAAAGAAGCCAGGAUUUGGACAAACAACGACUCGAAGCACAUCCUUCUCAGAAUUUUCAGUCGGGACAGUAUGGACGAAUACCUCACGUGCUCCAUCAUCCCUUCCGUUUUGGAGAAGUCUGAAUAUGAUCUCAAUAUGGAUUGGACAUUUUUUGAAAUGGAUGCCUAUUAUUGCAUGGAUGAGUGGAAUGGAACCGCUUUGAGCGAUCUAGAGGAGCUCGAGAGUUUACGCGACAUUAGCAUUUCAUACGGAAGCGAUUUCUACUGA